AUGGAAUUCAUGAAUAACUCAUGUUUACUCUUGCUGAUCUUGUUCACUUUUCUGUUCUAUACUAAAAGUAAUUUUGUACUUCGUCCAACAAAUCAAAUUACUUAUGCUGGAUCUACAAUACAACAUGCAUGUAGUGUUAUGACUACACCAGUUUUUAUUGAAUGGUAUUUAAAUACUAAUAAAAUUGGAAGUUGCUUAUUUCAAACCAAUACAACUACAAAUACUUUUGGUGAUCCUAAAUUUCAAAUUAUUAUAGGACAGUAUACAGAGAAAUUAUUGCCAAUAUGUCAGCUUAUCGUCACGAAUAUUGAUUUUGUCGAUACUGGUGAAUACAAAUGUAAAACUAUUCAUCAUGAUUCUGAAAGUGAUACAGCUUCAGCUUAUAUUCUUGUUUCAUAUCCUAUACGAAAACUUGAAUUACAUAUAGACAAUGAAACUUCUCUAUCAGUUGGUCAACGUACUUAUAUUGAAUGUCAAGCACGUGCUGGAAAACCUGCACCACAAAUUCGUUUGAAUUUAGGUGGACUGCCUAUAUCUGAAGCACGAGUUGUACAAAAAGUAGAUGUUGAAGGUUUAAUCACUUCAACUGCAACAGCCAACAUUAAAUUAACAAAUACACAUCAUUGGCAAUUGUUAACUUGUCAUGUUGAUAUGCAAGCAUAUCGAAAUGUCAAUCAAACGUUCAAAGUAAUUCACCUUAGCGAUUAUGUACCAGCAGAACUGUAA